UCUUCUCUCUGGCCUGGUCCACGGUGCUGAUGACCCGUGGGGGGGGGCGCUCCUCCUCGGCUCAGCCCUGCAACGUGCUGGCAGCGGGGGGGAAGAGAGGUCUGGUGAAACUCAUCCAUCCCAGAAACAACGUGGCGUUCGGGGAGUUCAGAGCCAGCAGGAAGUCUCUGUCCGUGCUGCGCUUCAACCACAGGCAGGGCAACUUCCUGUUCACGGGAUCGUACGAUAACAAGAUCGUGAUGUGGGACAUCGGGGGCGUCGACAGCCAGUACAACUACAAAGUCAUGUGAGUAUUUAAACUCCUUUCUCUCCAUAUGUCUACACAU